UGCCAAUGGUGCCGCUCGGUGUUGCGGCAAGAUGGCGGCGCCCAUCCGCCGCGCCGGAGGGGGAAAGGUGGCGGCGGGCCGGCGGGCGUGAGGAGGAAGAGGAGGAGGAGGCGGCGGCGGCGGGAAGCGGGUCGCCAUGCUCCGCGCCUCUCUCCGCCAGGUGGCGGCGGCGUUGAAGGAAGGAAGCGUCUCCCCGACGGAGCUCUGCCAGAGCUGCCUCUCCCUCAUCAAAAGCACCAAGUUUCUCAAUGCUUACAUUACCGUAGCCGAAGAAACCGCUUUGAAGCAGGCUGAAGAAUCAGAAAAAAGAUACAGAAGAGGUCAGCCGCUGGGUAUUUUAGAUGGAAUUCCUGUUGCAGUAAAAGACAACUUUAAUACAGCUGGCAUUGAGACAACAUGUGCAUCAAAUAUGCUAAAAGGUUAUAUUUCUCCUUACAAUGCUACAGUAGUUCAGAAAUUACUGGAUCAAGGAGCUGUGCUUUUAGGAAAAACAAACCUAGAUGAAUUUGCAAUGGGAUCUGGGAGUACGGAUGGGGUAUUUGGACCAGUCAGAAAUCCCUGGAGUUAUUCAAGACAGUACAAGGAAAAAUCUCUCCCCAAAUCCUGUUCUGAGGACAAAGAGACUAAGUGGGUAAUAACAGGAGGGAGCUCAGGAGGCAGUGCGGCUGCUGUGUCAUCUUUCACAUGUUUUGCAGCUUUAGGGUCAGACACAGGAGGAUCUACCAGAAACCCUGCUGCUCACUGUGGUGUAGUAGGUUUAAAGCCAACAUACGGACUGAUCUCUCGCCAUGGUCUCAUUCCUCUAGUGAACUCCAUGGAUGUGCCAGGAAUCCUAACCAGAUGUGUGGAUGACGCAGUAGUUGUGCUAGGUUCACUUGCUGGACAUGAUCCUAAAGACUCUACGACAAUUCAGGACAACUUUAAGCCAUUUGAACUACCCGAUUUGAUUGAUGUCAGCAAGCUCUCGAUAGGAAUUCCAAAGGAAUAUCAUGCACCAGGGCUUUCUGGUGAAAUUCUGGCUCUCUGGUCAAAGGCUGCUGACCUCUUUAAGGAUGCAGGUGCUAAAGUAAUUGAAGUGAGUCUACCACACACUCGUUACUCGAUUGUCUGCUAUCAUGUGCUGUGCACAGCAGAAGUGGCAUCAAAUAUGGCCAGGUUUGAUGGACUGGAAUAUGGACACCGUUCUGACAUGAAGAAGUCCACAGAAAGUAUGUAUGCUGCAACACGACGAGAAGGCUUUAAUGAUGUUGUAAGAGGAAGAAUUCUAUCAGGAAACUAUUUCUUGUUGAAACAGAACUAUGAGAAUUACUUUAUCAAGGCCCAGAAAGUCAGACGUCUCAUUGUCAAUGACUUUAUGAAGGUUUUUGGGAGCGGUGUUGAUAUUUUACUCACUCCUACCACUCUGAGUGAUGCAGUACCAUAUAUGGAAUUCAUCAAAGAAGACAACAGAACCCGCAGCGCACAAGAUGACAUCCUGACACAGGCUGCAAACAUGGCUGGACUGCCAGCCAUAAAUGUUCCUACAGCUCUUUCAGAGAGAGGCUUGCCAGUUGGGCUUCAGUUCAUUGGACGUUCUUUCCAGGAGAAGCAGCUUCUCACUGUAGCCAAAUGGUUUGAAAAACAAGUAAAAUUCCCAAUGAUUCAGCUAGAAGAAAUGAGGAGGCAUGACCAUGAUGUCUUUCAGCAUCAGAAAUCUGCUUCUUUUUCAUAACACAGGACUUGAUAGUCAUCUAACGCAAGAAGACUGUGGAGAUGGUCUGAAAAUGUAUUCCUGCAGUCAAUUCUUUUUUGCAGAAAUAAUCCAUUUUAAGAUCACCAUACACAGUAAUGCAGGAUGGAAUCAUCACAGCUUGUUACUAUGUAAUUAAGGCAAAGUGAAUCAUUAAGUAAAUGUGUCUGUUAUUAAGAACCAUUUCUAACUGAUAUUAAAAACACCAGGUUGAAUUAUGUAUCUUA